CCUAUGCAGCAGUUGCUCGAUAGACAUCGUACAGUUAAGAACCACAUCCGUCUGCCAGAAUCAUGUCCGAGCCGCCAUAUCUCCACUUUACACAAAUUGGAGAUCCUGUGCUCCGCCAAGUAGCCAGUGAAGUUUCUCCGGAGGACAUCGACAGCUUGGAAGUUAAUCAAGUUGUCGAACGCAUGGUAAAGGUGUUACGUCAAUAUGAUUGCGUAGGCGUGGCAGCGCCUCAAAUCGGUAUACCGCUUCGUAUAAUCGCCAUGGAGUUCCGUGAGGGAAAGCAAGAGCAAUUUAAGCCGGAAAUCUACGAGGAGCGCAAAAUGUCGCUGCUACCCUUGGCAGUCUUCGUUAAUCCGGAGCUGGAGAUAAUCAGCAACAAAGUAAAUAAGCAUCCCGAGGGCUGUAUGAGUGUGCGAGGCUAUUCAGCUGAGGUGGAACGUUAUGAUAAGGUCAGGAUCCGGGGGAUCGGGAAGCUGGGUACUCCGUCGGAAAUUGAACUGGAGGGCUGGAAUGCACGGAUCGCUCAGCACGAGGUGGACCACCUAAAUGGAACUAUCUACGUGGAUCGCAUGGAUGUCUCGACCUUCAAAUGCAACACCUGGGAGCAAAUUAACGCAGCCGAGGGACGUUCCGCCAUUUGGUUCCACAAGUAAACUUAUCUUAAAAAUGCAAUUAAUACUAUUUUUCGUUUUUACUUUGCAUAAUUAUCUUUUUUGUAAUAUCAGCUUCUUAACUUUUUUACUUCGUUUUUAUGUUAUCUACAAAUAUUUAAAUAAAUACAAUUUUGAAAUUUU